AUGUUCACGUUAGACGAAGCGGCCAAGAAGCGGCUCGUCGACCUAACAAAAGACGAGGAAAAUGCGGCAGAAAUCAACGAAAUUUCAAACAAAGCGUCGUUGAAACUGGCAGAUAUCGAGCAAAUCACGAAGCUAGUAUCGGCCGACACCGAAAUCUACAAGUUUUUACUGAUGAUCCGCCCAAUCGAAGUGAAAGAGGUCCGCCCACCCCCAACCAAAGAGUAUUUGGAACGAAUCGAACGGCUGAAAAUGGAACAGGAAAAGGCCGAGUACGAACACAUGAUCUCGACAGUAGACGCGUCACAGAACUAUGGUAGCACCAGCUUGAUGAAAGAUUUUGGAAAGGUAAGUCAAGUUUUUUUGAAAUAUAGGUUUUUUUGGAAAAUAUAGGUCAAUAAGUUUAUAGAAAAGAGUGAUCUUCACCUGUUUGGGUCUAUAAACCCAUAAAUUGUGAUAAAACGAAAUGUCACUAAAUUUAUUGAUUUUUUGGCGCAACGUAACAGAACCUAUCGAUUUUUAAAAAAUUGCGAAAUGGUGGCCGGAAUGUUUGUAGAACUUACGAAUUUUAGUUUUUUUUUGUCAAUAAGUUCGUAGGGAAGCAUGAAUUUGUAAUUUUUACAAAAUUUUGGCGAAAAGCAUGAAAUUCAUAUUUUCUAUGGACUUUUAGACCAAAAAAUAAAAAUUAAUUUUUUUUAUAAACUUAUUGACUAAAGAAGCAAAAAUUUUAAAAAAUCAGUAAUUGUUUUGGCGUUUCGUCGAAAAUAGAUAAAUUUUGUGACAUUUCGUCAACUUGAAAUUUUUGAAGUAUUUUCAAUUUAAAGUCAUUUCCUAUGAAAUUUUGGACAGAAAAAUAAAAUUUGAUUUUUCUAAAAACUUUUUGACUUUUUUUCAGGAGCUCAAAGAAUCGAAUCGACAAGUGAUCGGCGUGGUAAACAUGAUGAUCACGGUAUUCGGCGGGUUCAUGUUCGGAUUCUUCGGCAUCGGCAUGGCAUACCCAUCUCUCAACAUGAGCACCACCACCCGAACAGUACUCGGACUGGCCAUAGCGACCAUCUUCUUCAUGGUGGACCUGUACUUUUUCGUCAAAACUCUGGAUUUGGAGAAUGAGGAGGUCAAAAGUGACAAGACGUUAUUCAAAUUGGACACAAAUCAAGUGGGAAAAGUGUUGGAUGGUGCUGAUAGUACUAGCGCUACUAAGGAUGAUGUCAAGAAGCCCAAGGUGAAUUUUAAGAACAAAAAACGAGCCAAGAAGACCGACUAA